GUGGAUGAGUUUCAUUUUACAGAGCGCAACUAUAGGAGGAAGGACAACCUCAGGAAAAAAGUCAACCUCUCUCUUUAUAACUGUAAAUGGGGAAUUGACUAUGCUGAACUGAAACUUUUCCAAAAAAAUCAGUAACCAAAUAGCUCCAAGUCAGUGACGCAUAAUCCAGUAGAUUAUAGUUGUCGAUUUGUAAUUUUUUUUUGCACUUUAAAUGUUAAGAGGAAAUGGCUGUGGAAAGCAUGACUGUCCAUCCAAACUCCCCAACAACCUCCAACCACGAACACAUCAACAGCCUUCUCACUGACGAAAGCCGCGAGGAUGGCGAGCUGGAGGAGGGGGAGCUGGAGGACGACGGGGGCGAGGCGGAGGCCCCCAGCGGCGCCGGGGAGCCGCAGGAGAAGACGCGCCACGGCAGGGAGCGGCACGGCAGUGGCUCCGACGAGGACAAGGCCCACCGCCGCAAGAGGAAGAGGAGGAAAGAGAGAGAGAAGGAGAAGAGGAGGGCCAAGAAAAGGCGCAAAUCCAAGCACAAACGGCAUGCGUCCUCCAGCGAUGACCAUUCGGACUUCAGCGACGAAUCAGAUUACAGCCCCACUGAGAAGAGCCACAGGAAGUACCGGGAGUACAGCCCCCAGUACCCACCACCGCCGCCCCAUUCUGGGUACCCCCCUCCCUCACACGGUGGCCCCAUGCCCAAGAAGGGGGGCUACAUGAAGAUGGAGAAGCAGAGCUAUGGGGUCUACGAUGACUAUGAGGAAGACAACUACGAGGGCGAGGAGGAUGAGGAGAUGGGUGAGGACGAAUACGACGACUUUACCAAGGAGCUGAACCAGUACCGCAAAGCCAAGGAGGGAGGAGGAGGAGGAGGAGGAGGAGGUGGUGGAGGAGGAGGAGGCGGCAACCGUGGAGGAAGAGGAGGCAAAGGGCGGAUGAAGAACCAGCGAGGGCGUGGCCGAGGAGGAAUGAGAGGGCGUGUCGGCAGGGGCGGGGGCGGCAGGGGCCGGGGGCGGGGCAAGAUGGGCGGCGAGAACGACGACGGCGAUGGGAUGUACGGCGAAGACAUGGAGUAUGGAGAGGACGACUAUGACAACAUGUGUGAGGAAGAUUAUGAUGAUUACUCCAAAGAGCUGAACCAGUACCGGAAGGCAAAGGAGGGGCCCAACCGAGGCAGAGGUGGCAAAGGUGGGCGCGGCCGCGGCAGAGGCAAGGGGGGCCGGGGCAUGAACCGGGGCCGGGGGAGGAACCACCGAGGCAGGGGGCGAGGCGGGGACUGCGGGGGUAACGACGAGGACAACAACGGCGACAUGGACAUGGGGGAUGGCGGGGGAGGGCAGCGCAGGUGUGAUCAGGACAAAUCGCACCAGCAGGUCUCUGACAAGAAGGGGAAGGUCAUCUGCAAGUACUACAUAGAGGGACGCUGCACCUGGGGAGAGCACUGCAACUUCAGCCACGACAUUGAGCUGCCCAAGAAGAAGGAGCUGUGCAAGUUCUACAUCACGGGCUUCUGCGCGCGGGCCGAGAACUGCCCCUACAUGCAUGGCGACUUCCCCUGCAAGCUGUUCCACACCACAGGAAGCUGCGUCAAUGGAGACGACUGCAUGUUCUCCCACGAGCCCCUGACGGAUGACACCAAGGACCUGCUGGACAAGAUGCUAGCAGAGGACGCCGAGGCUGGUGCAGAGGAUGAGAAGGAGGUGGAGGAGCUGAAGAAGCAAGGCAUCAACCCCCUGCCCAAGCCACCCCCGGGCGUAGGUUUGCUGCCCACGCCACCCCGGCCUGGCUCUGCCGAUCCGAGCUCACCAGGGGGCUCCAUGCCCCCCUCUUGCCCGCCUGGCCCAGCCCCCGGCCCCAUGCCCACGGGACCCCCCGGACCCGGGCCCUGUCCUGGACAGCCACCCCCUCCUGGUCCCCCACCCCCGCCAAUGGCCCCCCCACCUCCCUGUCCCGGGAACUCUCAGAAGAAGAUCCCGUCGCUGUUUGAGAUUGUGGUGCAGCCAACCGGACAGCUGGCACAGAAACUGGGCGUCAGAGCUCCCGGCCCACCAGGCCCCCCAGGUCCCCCUGGUCCCCCUGUCCCUCCUGGUCCACCUGGUCCUCCAGGCCCACCCCCACCUCGCUUCCCUGGCCCUCCCGGACCCCCAGGGCAUAUGGGUCCCGGUCCACCGCCUGGGCCUCCAGGCAUGAGGCCCCCGGGCCCGCAUGACAUGCCCCCGAUGGGACCUCCUGGCAUGAACCAAGGGCCGCCACCGAUGGGUCCCGGGCCGCCAAUGAUGCCGGGUUUCGGGCCGGGAGAGGGGCCGCCCCACCCUGGAAUGAUGCCUCCUGGACCCCCUCCCCCCGGACCGAACUUUUACGAUAACUUCUAUCACCAGCAGGAGAUGGAGGGUGGAGGAGAAGAGGGAGAAGAGUAUGAAGAAUACGGAGGGAUGGAGGAAGAGGAAGGCGGCAUGGGCUCGUUCCACGAGCAGGCCCCUGGCAGCCAGGCGGGCGGCGGCGGCAUGGAGCCCCCUGCCCCUGCCGGAGCGCCCAAUCAGCAGCAGGGGAUAAACGUGCCGGACUUCCUGCCGGCGGCCCAGCGCGCUCUCUUCAUGAGGAUCCAGCAGAAGCAGCAGGAGGAGGAGGCCCGGCGGCUGGCCGAGGGGGGCGCCGAGAGGGACACGGAAGGCGAUUCAGCCAACUGGUACUCUAGUGAGGACGAGGAUGGUGGAGGCAGCGUGACCUCUAUCCUGAAGACCCUCAGGCAGCAGACCCAGGCUGCUGCCAAGCAGGCGCACUCGUCCGAGUCGAGCCCCAGCGUCCUGACCGACCCCCGACUGCAAAAGUCCCAGGCCACACAUGCCUCCAGCCGCCCUGCGGACCCAAGGCUGUCCCGGGACCCCCGCCUCUCUCGGACUGCAGAACCCAGCCACAGUGCAGAGGGCAGCCCCUCUGCUGCGCCUUCCUCCUCCUCUUCCUCAGCCCCUGUGGACCCCCGGCUGGCCCGCCACGCAGCCAGCCUGCCUCCCAAGCCGGAAGCCCCUCACGCCUCGGCCCACCACAAGCCUCCCCCGUCUUCGGUCCCGGCCUCCACCACCACCGCUGCCGCCGCCGCCGCCUCCUCCUCCUCGGCGGCGGAUGAAGAGGACGGGGAGAGGGUGCUGAGGGACAAGCCGGUGCCCAUCCCCCUGGAGCCCCUGCUGGGCCAGGCGCUGCGGGAUCCGCGGUCUCAGCUGCAGCAGUUCAGCCACAUCAAGAAGGACAUCGUCCUGCACAAGCCCCACUUCUCCAAGACGGUCCUGUGGAACCCCGAGGACCUGAUCCCCCUGCCCAUCCCGAAACAGGACCUGCUCCCGCUGCCCCCCGGCAUCCCGCCCGUGACCAGCAUGGACCCGCGGCUCAACAGGGCCCAGCAGCUGCUCCACACCUCCUCCACGCCCACCCCCCCGGCUGCCUCGGACCCUGUGCCCUCCUCCCUCCCGGAUUUCGAGCUGAUUUCCCGCAUCCUGAAGACGGUCAACGCCUCUUCCGGGGGCUCCCCCAACUCCCAGCAGUCCCCGUCGCCCCAGCCCUCUGCAGCGGCCUCAUCGGCGGCGGCGGCGGUGGCGGCUCCCGCUGAGAAGCCGGUGGACCCCAGGAUCAUGCGCAAAACCCCAGCUGACCCCCGGCUGCUGCCCCAGAAACCAGCCCUGAAGCAGCCCGCCGAGGCCCCGGCCCCCGCGGCCGCCCCCCAGCCCCCUGCCCCAGCCGCCUCCCCCCCGUCGUCCACCACCAUCGCCCCAUACGACCCGCGGCUGCUGUCAGCCGGCGGGGCCGCCCGAGGGGUGGGGGGUGGGGGCGGCAGCCAGAGCAGCGUGCUGAGCGGGAUCAGCCUGUACGACCCGCGGACUCAGAGCUCGGGCAAACCGGAGGGCGCCGGGGCCCCCGCCCCCUCUGCAGCCGCCUCCUCCUCCGCCCCCGCCCCCUCGGCGGCCUCCGCCCCGGAGCCGAGCAAGAGCAAGCCCAAGGAGCCCCUGUUCGUGCGCAAGUCCGCCCUGGACCAGCCGGAGGCGGAGAAGAGCGCCGGCGAGCCGGCGACGGACAGGUACAACAGCUACAACCGGCCCCGGCCCAAGCCCACGCCCCCGCCUGCCGCUGGGGCCGGCCCAGGGUUCCUGCUGCCCUGGCGGCCAGAGCUGGGCACUGCUCCUCCGCACUCUGGCAGCAUGUCCAGCACAUGGCGCCUGGCUCACAGGGAGCUGAUGAAGACAGUGCAGUAUCUCUCAGUGGCCAGCAGCUUAUCCAUUGUCACCAUUGCAGACUGCGGCCUCGUGCAGAAAUGA